UUCUUCUUUUUCAGAAAAAAUACAGAGUAUUCUCUCUACCCCGAUCUAAGGCCAAAUAAACCAAAAAAAAGGGAAAUCUUUGGAUCUGCCUCCCCUUUUGCUGUGGCUUUUCGCCUAACCCCGAGGAUUAAGUGGCCUUGCAAAUCGGAGAGUGGGACACCGACAAACGGACCCCCUUUUUACAAAGUGAGGUUCGGCUCUUAUAGCCGAAAAUACAAGAUUUUUCCUUUCUUUUGUUCCGUGUUUUCUUUUCUUUUGCGGGUGGAGCAGGUGGCUGAGCGGUGGCAAGUGGGCGGUGACCGACGUGACAGUGGCAGCUAGGGUUUGACCGUUCUUCUGUUUCUGAUUUGAUGUUGGGAUUUGGGCUACUGUUAAUUGGGCUUAGGGUUAUUGGGCCGGGUAUUGUAAUUGGGCUUGGUUUUUAAAUGUUUAGUUUUGGUUGUAAUUGGGUUUUUGGGCCCCGGGUAAAUUUGGGCUUGUACAAAUCUGAUAGUAGGUUAAUUUCUGCCAAAUGGUUCCUGAAAUGGUGAUUGGAAGGUUACAACUAUAAGUAUAAAUUAUUGAAAGAAUCUUAAAAGAAUAUAGUUUUGAUGUGACCAGAUUGCAAGAAGACAAAUCGUCUUUAUAUUCAUUUAAGCUUACAUCAGCAUCACACUGUUUCCAUUGACCAAGUAAAUGCCUGUAAAGCCAGAAAUGUCCUCUACCGAAUGAACAAAGUCUACAAUUACGAGGGCAUUUAAGGCAUUUCCCAAUGCAACACGGCUUAGAAUUUUCUCUGAGCCUGUUUUGGUUCAUAAACGAAUUCAGGCUCCCUGUUGACUUAUCUUCAAUCCUUCAAUAGGAAUCAUUGAUUCACAUAAUGGAAUUGUUUUGAAGAGACAAAGUUUAACCAAAUACUGCAAAUCAAUGGGAAAGUUUCAGUGGGAUAAACAUCAUGAGUCUUUAAGCCUUUUUCUUUAUCUUGUCAUUUUCUUCUCAUAUCAGCUGCCUUCUUCAGCAUACACGCUUCCAGACAAGUAUUUCAUCAACUGUGGAUCAAACAUCGCCGUAAACGUCAGUUCCCAGACCUUUGUCAGUGACUCGAAUUCGGAUGUUUCAUUUACGGAACAAAACAGCUUUGUCACAUACAACAGGCAGGCAUCAGAAACACCACCUCUGUAUCAAACUGCAAGAGUUUUUCGGAAGCAGUCUUCAUAUGAGUUCAAAAUCAAUACUAAUGGCACUUACCUGGUACGCCUUCAUUUCUCCAACUCAACUGAUAUCUCAGAUGCUAUUUUCAAUGUUUCAGCUUCAGGUUUUCUCCUCUUGCAUGAUUUCACUGUCCAAAAAAUUGGCAGCUCUACCAUAACAAAGGAAUUCAUUUUGAGCAUUCCAAUAGGCAAAUUUUUAAUCUACUUUGUACCGCAAGGAUCUUCUUUCGCAUUCAUCAAUGCCAUCGAGGUCUUUCCGGCCCCUCCAGAUUCCAUUUCUGAUGAGCCUACACAGAUUAGUCGGACUGGAAACAGCAAUGAUUACAAAGGCCUGCUCUCUCAAGCAUUACAGACGAUUCAUAGGAUUAAUGUUGGAGGCCCUACACUUACACCAGAUAAUGAUACUUUGUUAAGAACAUGGCUUCCUGAUGAUAGUUAUCUGACCAAUUCAGGCAUUGCAAAGAAUAGUGAAGUUUUCUCAGGUAGGCCUAAUUAUGAUCUUGUUACCGAUUUUAUUGCACCAGAUCUAGUAUACAGGACCUCCAAAGAGAUGGCAUCAAACGACUCCAAUAUAACCUGGUCUUAUGAUGUAACCAGAGAUGCUAGGCACUUGAUUCGGGUUCAUUUCUGCGAUGUUAUUAGUGUAUCACAGAAUGUUUUAAGUUUUUUUCUCUAUAUAAAUAGCAACUUCAGCCAGAACAUUAACCCUUACCGAGAAGUGGUUAAACUGGAGACUCCAUUUUUCAUGGACUUUGUGGUUGAUUCUGAUGAUUCAGGGUUCAUAAACAUCUCCAUAGGGCCUGAUAGUAAUUCUUUAGUUCAAAAUGCUUUUCUAAAUGGCGUUGAGAUAAUGGAAAUGAUGGGGAAAUCUAAUUUGGUCCCUGUAACACAUAAGUCCAACAAUAUGUCUCCCUUCAUUAUUGUUGGUGUGGUCCUCGGAGGUCUUGUUCUUGUCUGCAUCUUUGGAGGUCUAUUGUUUAUUGGACUGAGACGUAGGAAGCCAAAACCUGUUGAAACUUCAGAAUGGUCACCAUUACCUAUAUUUAAAGGAAGUUCUCAUGGUAAAUCCAAGACACCAAGCAAAGAGGGAACCAUUACUGCUUCUCCUGUGCCUAACUUGAACCUUGGUUUAAGGAUACCAUUAGACGAGAUUCAGUUGGCAACAAAAAACUUCAAUAAGAAGUUGCAGAUUGGUAAGGGUGGAUUUGGGACUGUCUAUCAAGGGACUCUCCGGAAUGGCUUGAAAGUGGCUGUGAAACGAAGUCAGCCAGGGUCAGGUCAAGGUCUACCGGAAUUUCAGACGGAGAUCAUGGUUUUAUCAAAAAUUCGACAUCGCCAUCUUGUUUCUUUGAUCGGAUAUUGUGAUGAAAGGCUUGAGAUGAUACUUGUGUACGAGUUAAUGGAGAAAGGAACUUUGAGGGAUCACCUAUAUAACGCAAAACUACCUUGCUUGUCUUGGAAGCAAAGGCUCGAUAUUUGCAUUGGUGCUGCAAGAGGACUUCAUUACCUUCACAAAGGUGCAUCUGGGGGCAUCAUUCACCGUGAUGUCAAGUCGACAAACAUCUUGCUCGAUGAGAACCUUGUAGCCAAAGUAGCUGACUUUGGCCUUUCAAGAUCAGGUCCUCCGGAUCAAUCCCAUGUUAGCACAGGCAUUAAAGGAACUUUUGGUUAUCUUGAUCCUGAGUACUUUAAAACACAACAGCUGACAGAGAAAUCCGAUGUUUAUUCGUUCGGAGUGGUUCUUCUUGAGGUGCUCUGUGCAAGGCCGGCUGUCAAUCCUGCACUCCCAAGAGAGCAAGUGAACCUAGCAGAAUGGGGAAUGCGUUGCAAGAACAAAGGAUUGCUUGAUCAGAUUGUGGAUCCAUCCAUAAGAGAUCAGAUCAAUCCCAACUCAUUAAGAAAAUUUGCAGAGAUAACAGAGAAAUGUUUGCAAGAAGAUGCCUGUGAUAGGCCUGGCAUGGGUGAUGUGGCAUGGGACUUGGAGUAUGCGUUACAGCUCCAGCAAACAGCAGUUGUCCAAGAGCCACACGAGGACAGUGCAUCAAAUACUAACGGUAUGCUAUCGUUGCAUGUUAUCCAGCGUUUACCUUCCACAAAUAUCGAAUUUGAGGGAGAUGAUAUGUCCAUCAUAAAGGAGGAUGAAUCUGACUCAGUCCCAUCGGCAAGUGGAGUUUUCUCCCAAUUGAAAAUGGAUGAAGCCAGAUAAAUCAUUUGGUUUAUAAAGCAAAGUUUCCCGGUGUAAUGUUUUUUGUUCUACCCUAUGUUUCACAUCUGGAAUUAAAUUUGGCACUGCUUUCAUAAGCAAGACAUUUCAAUUACAGUGUUUAAACUGCAAGAUGUAUAAUAUAAUAAUGUAACAACCAUUUUCAAGAUCA